CCUUUGGCAUUCCUCCCUGUGUUUCUCGAAGCGUCCGCGCGGCCCCGAGAAAUUUUCAACUCCCCUCGUUUCGGCACGCACCACCACCGCUUUUGAGCUCGCGGCGAGGGUUCCGGCUUGUGGCGGCGGACGCAACAUGGCAGGGAAGGAGCCCACCCCAGUAAAGCCCGCCGCCCCUCCCUCCGCCUCCAGCUCCAAGAGCCGACCUAAGCAGCUCUCGGAGGCCAAGGUCCGCCCGGCUCCGAAAUCCGGCAAAAGCUUCAAGGAGAAGAAGGCGGCCGCGAAGCAGAAGCGCAGCAAGCCGGAGCCGGAAGAGGGCGCCAAGCGUAAGAAGCAACAGGCGUACGGCGACACGGCGACGCCCUCGAAGGAGAGGAAGAAGCGCGACGAGCCGGGAACCAAGCCCCUGAAGGUAGCCACACCCACGAAGAAUCAGCAGUCACCCGGCAAAUCGGUGAAGCCGGCGCCGCCCGCGAAGAAGCAGCAGUCAUCCGGCAAGGGCGAUAAGCCUGCGCCCACGCCCACGAAGAAGCAGCAGUCACCCAGUAGAGCGCAGAAGCCCGCGGCGGCCGCGACCACGCCCACGAAGAAGCAGCAAGCGUCCGGCGGAGCGGGAAAGUCCACGCCCACCAAGAGGAAGCGCGGCGAUGCGGAGUUCCAAAAGGAGGCUAGGAGCCCGAACCGAGCAUCCGGCGAUGGGGACGCGCGCGCACCCACGCCCGUGAAGAAGAAGCGGAGGGACCAGAAGGCAGCUGCGAUCGACAAGGGCGCGUGCAGGUUCCCGAUGGCGCGGGUGCGGCAGCUGAUGCGGGCCGAGGACGCCACCAUCCGCGCUUCCAACGAGGCUGUCUUCCUCAUCAACAAGGCCUCCGAGUUAUUCUUGGAGAAGUUUGCAGAGGAUGCUUAUCGCAAUGCCCUGAAAGAUCGUAAGAAGUCAAUUAUUUACGAUAAUCUUUCAACAGCUGUUUGCAACCAGAAAGGUUUCAAGUUUCUUUCAGAUUUUGUUCCGCAGAGAGUUACAGCCCAAGAUGCUUUGAAGGCAACGGCUCUCACCCAGUCCUAGCCAUAUGCCAGAUUGCUGGUAAUCUGCCGAGGCAUGCUAGGUAGAAUUCUUUAGCGUGGUAAUCUACUGGGGUAUGACGGUAGAAUUCAUGGUAGCUCGGUAUGACAGGACAGCUUCGGCAUUCUGUCCCAGUUGUUAUCUACUGGGAUCUGUACUUGGUUGUGUAAUUGCGAACUCGAGUCAUGUGCCUCCUGUAUAAGAAUUACCUAACCUGACCUGAUUAACCCUGCAAAUCAGGAGGUUAUAAAAAAGAGAGUAGGAGAGAAGACUGGAGUUAGCAGAUCCAAGUUGGUGCCAUAUGGACCAUCUGAAUCUCUGUUUUGAAAAUUGGUGUGAAUUGUCAGAAAGUUGUUGAUACUGGAGUGAAGGCAUCGGAAUUUAUAUUAUUGAUAAGUGGGCUCUGAUCUUUGGAGUUGAGAAGACACAAACGAGUAACGUGCCAACAAAUGAACACACUGAAUUCAAGGUAUUCUUCCUCGCUUGAUUGUCGGCGUUUUCUGCUGGAGUUUUUUAGACUUGAACCUCGAAAUACUCUUCUCUUUUAAUAAGAGUAUGCUCUAAGCUAAGCUGAGCCCUGCAGCUUUAACUCUGCGGAAUUUCUGUCCAAGCGUCAACGCUUCGACGCGGGCGAUUUCCUUGGAAAGAUCCAGGCGCAGGCGCAGUGCUACGUUGCGGUGAAGCCUUCCAGGUAGACGUGUUCAUCAGCAACUCGCUGCAGCUCA